CUUCUGGUCCCGGUCCCGAUCCUGGUCCUGGUACCGCGCGCGAUUCUUCCCUGGCCGCAGAAACUUGCGACCCAAGAUCAGAUCCGUUAUUUGAGGAGGCAUGAGAGAUCGUACUCGUCAUCGCGAUCAUCUUGGUCAAGCGAUGCCCCUCGAAGAGGCCCAAGGAUUGCUUCCACCAAGUUCCAGGACAGGUAACCGAGGACCGUUGAACGUGACUAUUGUUCAAGUGGGUGGUGGAAAUGGUGCUGCUAAUGAUUUACUGGGGUUGGAACCACCCUCAGAUUUAAAACCUGCUGUUUCACCUAUUUCCGACAUCAGUGGAACUUUAACCACUGACAACAAUGACACAUAUACGGGCGGUGUUGAUCCUAGACUUUUAUUAGGUGUCAGUGGUGAUCACCAGGCGUGGGAAGGUCGUUAUCAUCUGAAGGAACAUCGUCGUGCCGGAAAAGCGACAUUUCAAGGCCAAGUUUACAACUUCUUGGAACGUCCCACAGGCUGGAAGUGCUUCGUGUACCACUUUUCUGUGUGA